GUACUGAAAAGUGUAGAAAUCAAAUAAGUCACGCCUAGUGUGCAUGUCUAUCUAUCCACCAAUUUGCAGCCUACAACUCUUCUUAAAUUGGCAUGUAUUUCCAAAACACUAAAACGGGAACAAGUGUAUAAACUCAAAUUUUCUUUCAAGCACUUCAAAAAGAAGAAGAAAGAAGAAUGAUUCGAAGGAGAGUGAGCACCCGUUUAAUCCCACUUCCUUAUAUAUCAAAGAUUGGAGCUUCCACUUUUGCAACUCAAGCGGCGUCGUUUCUGCAAGAUGCGUGUGAAUCAUCGAUCGACUGGAACAAUCUAGGGUUCGGUUUGAUGGAAACGGAUUAUAUGUAUACCAUCAAGUGUGGCGGCAAAGAUGACGAUUUUAAGGCAGGCAAACUUAUCCGUUACGGGAACAUAGAGUUGAGCCCUUGUGCAGGUGUCUUGAACUAUGGCCAGGGACUAUUUGAAGGCAUAAAGGCAUAUAGAAGAGAAGGUGGAGGUGUGUUUUUAUUUCGUCCACAAGAAAACGCGAUUCGGAUGCAAAAGGGCGCACAGAGAAUGUGCAUGCCUUCUCCUUCUACUGCCCAGUUUGUCGAUGCGGUUAAACAGACUGCUCUUGCCAACAAACGCUGGAUUCCUCCUCCGGGAAAAGGUUCCUUGUACAUCAGGCCUCUGCUAUUUGGAAGUGGGCCUGUUUUGGGUUUGGCGCCAGCUUCUGAAUACACAUUUUUAGUCUAUGCUUCCCCUGUUGGAAACUAUUUUAAGGAAGGUACGGCUCCACUUAAUUUGUAUGUUGAAGAUGAAUUUCAUCGUGCCACUCGUGGCGGUGCUGGAGGUGUCAAGAGCAUAACAAACUACGCACCGGUUUUGAAAGCCAUAAGUAGAGCAAGGGACAGAGGGUUCUCCGAUGUUUUGUACCUAGAUUCAGUCAAUAAAAGAAACAUCGAAGAGGUUUCGUCUUGUAAUAUCUUCAUGCUCAAGGGCAAUGUUCUUUCCACUCCAGAAAUUAAUGGUUCUAUUCUCGAAGGAAUCACACGUAAAAGCAUCAUGGAUAUUGCAACCAAUCUCGUUUACCGGGUUGAGGAGCGUUCGAUUACAAUCGAAGACGUGAUGGAUGCCGAUGAAGUAUUCUGUACUGGAACUGCAGUUGGUGUUGCACCUGUCGGAAGUAUUACUUACAAGGGUAACAGGGUUGCAUAUAAGACGAGCACUCCACUUGUGUCGAAGAAACUUUAUUCCAGACUUGUUGAUAUCCAAACGGGCGUUGUUGAGGAUGAUAAAGGAUGGGUUGUCGAAAUUAACUGACCCUACAAUUUAUCAUCCUCGAUUCAUAAUUAUUGUAUGUACAUAAUUAUUUUAUAUUGAUGGAAACUUGUAUAGCUAUUAUAUACGAAUCUCCCGCUUCGUGAAAUGAUUCGUCAGGUUAUUCUC